CAGCGAGCAAGCUGGAGCGAUAGGAAAGGCUGGACUUCUCAGCUCCCAACUUCACGCGGGACGUGUAUUACACGCGGGACGCCGAGAAAGUGGCGUGUGAGCGCGAACGGGCUCGUUUGAUAGCAGCCCGUGUUAUUCCUCCUCUUCCCCCCUCCCGCCGCCUCUCCGGGAGGGAGGCGAACAUUUCCUUUUCUUCUUGGAUCACCAGCACAAGCUCACUAUUAGUAGCAUCAUCAUCAUCAUCAUCAUCGUCAUCAUCACCACCAUCCAUAUUUUCGCCACCCUAUCCUCCUUCUCCCUCGCCUAUUUCCAUUGGAAGCGGAUUCCGGAGGGGAAAGAUGUACGACUGCAUGGAGGCAUUCGCCGUCACGCCGCGGCAGCUCUACGAUGUUACUAACCGGAGCGCUUGCAUGCUGCGGAAAUCGAGCAUCAGUCCGUUUGCCUUGGGCUUGGAUCCCUUCGGGUGGCCCCAACCGGCCAGUCUACAAUCGGUGGAGACCCAGAGUACCAGUUCUGAGGAGAUGGUGCCCAGCUCUCCUUCUCCACCCCCACCCCCAAGGGUCUACAAGCCUUGUUUUGUCUGCAAUGACAAGUCCUCUGGCUACCAUUAUGGGGUCAGCUCCUGCGAGGGCUGCAAGGGCUUCUUUCGCCGAAGUAUUCAGAAAAACAUGGUCUACACCUGCCACCGAGACAAGAACUGUCAGAUUAACAAAGUGACUCGCAACCGCUGCCAGUAUUGUCGCCUACAGAAGUGCUUUGAGGUUGGCAUGUCCAAAGAAGCUGUGAGGAAUGACCGCAAUAAGAAGAAAAAAGACGUGAAAGAGGAAGUGGUGGUAGAUAGCUAUGAAAUGACACCUGAACUGGAAGAGCUCAUCCAGAAGGUCAGCAAAGCGCAUCAGGAGACCUUCCCAUCUCUUUGCCAGUUGGGCAAAUAUACUACGAACUCCAGUGCUGAUCACCGAAUACAGCUGGACUUGGGCCUAUGGGACAAAUUCAGCGAACUGGCCACCAAAUGCAUCAUCAAGAUAGUAGAGUUUGCCAAACGCCUUCCCGGCUUUACCACCCUCAGCAUUGCUGACCAAAUUACUUUGCUGAAGGCAGCGUGCUUGGACAUCCUGAUGCUCCGUAUUUGUGUCCGCUACACUCCAGAACAAGACACCAUGACCUUUUCAGAUGGGCUGACCUUGAACCGUACCCAGAUGCAUAAUGCUGGCUUUGGGCCCCUCACCGACUUGGUUUUUGCCUUUGCUGGGCAAUUGCUUCCCCUCGAAAUGGAUGACACCGAGACAGGCCUGCUCAGCGCGAUCUGCCUCAUCUGUGGAG